AUGGAGAAUGAUGGCAAAGAGUCGUAUAAAGAUGGUGAUCAAUCUGAAGAUUUAAGUGUUGAGUAUGAGUGCAGUUCUAAUGAAAGUGAUGAUAUGGUGGAUGUAACUGUAGAUGAAGCAGAGGCAAAUAUAAUUAAUACUAAUGGUUUUGAAAAGUUGAUAACUGAUUUUACCAUCGAAGAUAUAUGGAGAUUGGUGUUUGAUACAGAAUCUCAAGUUUGUGAAUUUUAUGCCAAAUAUGCCAAGUGCUAUGGAUUUGUGUCCCAAAAAGACUUGAAGACGGUGGAUGCUAAUGGCAACAUUAAUACAAGACAGUUGGUUUGCAAUAAAGCAGGAGAAAGACAUUGGAAGCACCUUAAAAGGGACAAUCGGCAAAGGGAACAUAGGGCAAUUACUCGUGUCAACUGCAGGGCGAGGAUUCGGUUCAUUCGUCACUAUAGAACGGGUAAGUGGAAAGUUAGUGUCUUUGAGAGUGAACACAAUCAUCCACUGUGUCCACCUAAGUACAGACAUCUUAUUGCCGCGAAUCGUGGGCUUAUUGAGGCUGAUAAAACACAAACAGACAACUUGCGAGCAUGUUUGCUUCAGCAUUAUUGCUCUUUGCCUACUUGA